GAAAUCCUAAAAUUAAUAAAAACCUAUUUGAGCUGUGCAGCCAAAAAGAAUUUUCAAUUUCAAUUUCAAUUUUCAAUUUUGUUUUACAGUCAACUAAAAGCUGAGCUAAUACUGAUUACAGUCUCGCCAUUUUCCAUUAAAAGAAAAUUAAAAUUAAAAAGUAAAGCCGUCCUGUCAAAUUUUUUUCUCUAAUUAGUAAUUUUCAAGACGAAGAUGAUGAUGAUGAUGAUGAUGAUAAGCUACAACGCUUUGUUUUCACUUAUUAACUCAUUCUCGAUUUUAUCGAUUUUUUACAGCUUUUAAUUUACUCUACAUUGUAGAAAUUUCCCGAUCAGAUUAAAAUGGAGAUGGUGAUUUUAGACAAAGAGGAUGCGGUUGAUUGGGUUUAUAGAGGUGAAGGAGCUGCUAAUCUUGUUCUCGCUUACACUGGAUCAUCUCCCUCAUUUAUUGGGAAAGUGAUGAGAAUACAAAAGUCACAACGUAAGGGGAAAAGUAGAGUGAACGAAAAUGAAGUUCUAACAGCGCAUGAACGGCUUCUUUGGCGAGAAUAUAAGGAGCUAAUGGUGUGGCCAAACAGAGAGAUUGUACAGCAGCUUUAUGUCAAGCAUGUAAUGAGCCCAUUGUUAGGACCACAACAUGUCGAUGCCGGGAUGCGUGUUCGUGUAACUAAGGAAUUCCUCUUGUCAGUUGAGAAGAAUGUGACUUGUCGUCGGCCUGCUUGUCGAAUUGAUUCAUCACAGGUUGAUGUGAAUCGUGAUUCUGUUCUGAUCAUAUCGGAUCAUUCAGUCUUUAUGAAUGGUUCUGUUAAAGGUGGACCAUGUAUAACAGUUGAGAUAAAGCCCAAAUGUGGAUUUCUCCCAAUUUCAAGAUUCAUAGCUGAAGAAAAUGCUGUUAAAAGAACUCUAAGUCGAUUUAAAAUGCACCAAGAACUGAAGUUGCAUAAUCAAGAGAUUUCAGAAUAUAGUGAAUAUAAUCCACUGGAUUUGUUCUCUGGAUCGCUAGACAGGAUAUGCAAGGCUAUUGAAGCUCUAUACGCCACCCCUCAGAAUAAUUUCCGUGUAUUUCUGAAUGGCUCUAUCGUAUUCGGGGGCUUGGGUGGUGGUGCAGGCAGUACUACUGUUCUGGUCGGUGAGGCCUUUGAAGAUUCACUCAAGGAUGUCAUUAAGGCAGAUGAUGGCAUGUGCAAAACUAGCUUUAUACAGCUUGUUUCUGAGACAGUUUACAGUUCGGGAGUAUUAGAUCAACUUCUUGAAGUUCAGAAGCUCGAUGCUUAUGACAUUGAAGGGGCAAUUCAUGCAUAUUAUAACAUAAUUUCUCAACCUUGUAUGGUUUGUAGAGAACUGAGUAAAGACAAAUUAUCAAACCGUCAUACUUCUUUGCACUCCAUUCCUUUGGAAGAAAGCUUGAAGAUUGUGAAGGAUUAUUUGAUAUCUGCUACUGUAAAGGACUGUAGUUUGAUGAUUAGUUUUAGACCAAUGGUUGAUGGAGAUGUGCUAUCUGAAUCUUCUCACAGUACUGUAUAUCUAGGAUCAACUAAGCAAGUUUUUGAGUACAAGGUGUAUUUCAUUGAUCUGGAUUUGAAACCUUUGAAGAAAAUGGAGGACUAUUACAAGUUAGAUAAGAAGAUUGUCAACUGUUAUUGUCAGAUGGCAAAAACUGAGCAUAAAAGGUGAUAAAGCUGCUAGAAGGGACACAUAUGAAGAAGUAUUGACAUAAACGAUGUGCUUUAAAAGACAUUUUCUUUUCCUGAAGAUUUGUACUGGAGUGUGGAUUCAUUCCAUGACCAGCGGGAGCUUCACAAGAGAGAAAAAGAGAAAAUGAUACGACUGCAAGGGUUUGGGCUAACAGGGAAAAUGAUGAUCAACUAUCAACCACUUACCGCCAUUAUAUCAUGAGCCUGCACAGCCAAUUAAUUCAUACAGCUGGAUAUUGAAAUUACUGUUUUUACUGGAAGCUUUGAUGGUAUUUUAUGGUGAUGAAAAUUGAAGUUAUUAGCAGACUUUCUUAAAUGCACUCUUCCUUUGAAGCUUAUCAAAGCAGAAUAUUUUUUGUGAAAAUCUAAUUGUGAAUGUUCUUUUUCCUUCUUAAACCUGAUCAAUUCAUGUAAUGCUUGCAUGUGAAAUAAUUAGCAUAAUAAACUUCUUAUAGAAAACAGCUUGAGUUAUGAUUGGAACAGAUACUAAAAGCAUGCCUAACAGGGGUGUGAUUUUCGGUUUACAUUAAUGUGCAUUUUCAUUUUUCAUCAUGUUUCUUUCUGUAGAAGCUCUGCUGUGCUUUUGUUUUUGACUGAUAUCUUCUGUGCGUGGUUAACAUGGUCCAUGGUCUCCUCGGCCAUAAGCCUGUAACUUAAAAUGCAUUUGAUUUGAAGAUAUGACCUCUUCAUGAAAAGCUCUACCAUGUUUUGGGAUAUGUGCGAAAUCAACAUGGUAGAUUGUUUAACUCUUGAUUUGAAGUUUAUGCUUACUGAAAUUAUUCACCUCUGGGUAGUCUAUAUUGGAAUUUUGUAGACCUUUUGUCCAGACAGAAAUGGAGAUGCCAGGUCUAGAAAGCUUGGACGGUUGAGCGAGGUCCAUUGUCGUCCUAGAGUUCUAUGUCUGCAAUUUCACACGUAUUUCUGGCUUGCCAGACAACACAUGCAUGAUUCGUAAGGACGAGCAGAAUCAAUCAUGGACUGGAAAGACGUUACGAUUUUGAACUCAGGAAAAGACAUGCCAGAGAUGUUUUUGUAUGUUAUGGAGGAUGAUGAUCUUUAUAAAUCUCACAUAUUCCAGAUGUAUUACUUCUUGUACGUUUAAAAGAAGCUCCAUUUCUUUUUAGUAGCUGAUAAGCAUAUAUGGCUUGUUCUUAGUAUUAUCUUAAGCUGCCAAUUCUUUCGACAAAUUUUAGCAUGUUUUAAGGUUACUUCUUUUAUGGAAGGAAAAUGAAUGUAAGUUGAUAUGAAUGAUCGUUCUUUGGAAUAAGAAAUUGAUAAUUUUAA